UUUUUUUUUCCACUGGUGACGACACCAAAUUUUGUUUUCAACUCUACGUACCAACGCAACAGACUUGAUGGUACGGUAAUCGACCCAGUCCGUCCGUGCCUUUAAUAAUUAAUUCCUUACAUGACAAGCCUUUCUUGGUUCAUCCAGAAAAAUCUUCUCAAUCCUUGACUCCUCGGAAUUCCACAACACUUACUUUACUGCGGUUACUAGACGCGCAGAUUGAUUUUGAAUCAAGUUUCUUUCUUUGGCAUCAUCAAUCGCCGCUUCAGCUCACCCGAUCCUGUCUGUUUGGUGCAGGCGAGAUUGGUGAUUGAUUUGCUUUCCUGUCAUCAACACCAUCAACCUAGAAGGCGGCUAGAAGAGGUUUGCCGCGGCAAAAGCCUUCCUUGAUGUCAUAGAGAUCCCGCAAAAGGAUUGAUUGAUUGAUUUAUCAGAGGCAUCAUGGCGCCACCAACAGGGCCUUUGAAUUUGGAUGUUGAAGCAAUUUCUGGGAUAUGCGGAUCAAUAUCGAUCGCAUGUUGGGUCGUCGUCUUCUCACCCCAGAUUGUCGAGAACUUCCGCCGCGGUAGUGCAGAUGGUCUGUCGCUGCAGUUCAUCAUCAUCUGGCUACUCGGCGAUGUAUUCAACAUCCUGGGUGGCGUAAUGCAGGGUGUCCUGCCUACGAUGAUCAUAUUGGCCAUCUAUUACACGAUAGCCGAUGUCGUUCUUCUGGGGCAGUGCUUCUAUUACCGAGGCUUCACCUGGCGUGAUGAGGUUGUUCCCAGCUCGACCCAGACACCCAAGCCUACGGAUGGUGGUGUUUUGAAUGGCAAUGGCAGCAACCACCACAGCCACCAAUCCAACGAACGGACAGCUCUACUUGCAAACGGCACGAACACAGAUCAACAAGGCGCGUCAAGCCGUCGCGGUUCCUGGUCUGACCAAUCCUACCAUCUGUCACCGGCUGUUCCGCUGAUCGACGAGGCCGUGCUUGCCCGGGACGCUUUGGCCGCGUCUGUCACCUUACCUUCGGCUACCCGAAACGCUCCCGAUAACCGUCCAAGUCGGCUGCAAGCCAUAGCCUUCAACUCCUUCGCCGUGUUGAUGGUGUGCGCCUCAGGGGUGGCGGGUUGGUACCUCAGCAGGUCGCGAGCGGACAAAGAGGCGCCUAGCAAGGGAGAGGACUUGCUCGAGUUCAACGUUUUCGGUCAAGUCUUUGGUUGGUUAUGCGCUGUUCUUUAUCUCGGCUCGCGCGUGCCGCAGAUACUCCUCAACUAUAGACGCAAGUCCACCGAGGGCGUCAGCAUGCUCUUCUUCCUGUUUGCCUGCCUCGGCAACCUGACCUACGUCCUGUCCAUCUUUGCCUUUGAGCCGCACUGCAGAGAUAAGCACGCAGAUGUUGGGCCACAUGCAGGAGCCUGUGUAGGAGGAGAAGCCGGAAGAAUCUAUGGGCAGUACAUCCUCGUGAAUCUGUCAUGGCUCGCCGGUAGUCUUGGCACACUGCUCCUCGACAUGGGAAUCUUUGUGCAGUUUUUCAUUUACAACAAGGACGAUGGCGAGGAGUUUUUUGCCGACUGUGAUGCCGAGGGAAGCAGGCGCGCCUACUCGCCAUCUACUGUCGCCAUCGAGGAGGACGAUGAUGAGGAAAGCAUAGACGGUGAUCGCUGGGAUCCACGGCCUCUCCUUGAGCGAAGCGUGUCCAACUCGCCACGUUAAAGCGUAGACUUCAUACGAGAUAAUCGGGGGCCCGCGGAGUACCAGACUCGCCCGAGGGCAUUGGGAAAUCCAGCACUCGCCGUAAAGAGGCCAGCGCUGGUGGAAGGUUUGGAUCAUGGAAAAAGUUGGAAGGAGUUUUGUUUUUGUCUUGAUUUGAUUUGUUGGCUAAUGUAACUAUAACUUUAAAAUCAACCUGGAUUCAUAACUAGGUAGGCAUGGCCUGCU